GAGCAAGCUUCGACUUCACCCCACCGCCCAGUGCUUUUGCAGAACUGCCACAUCCAAGACGCUCGGGUUCUACCUUGGGCUCGAAACCACCGUUCUUUUCUUGACCGACGCGACCGAGACUUUGUUGGCAGAGAGCCUGUUCUAUCAAGAUGAGGGUUGAAACCUGCUACUUCUGCUCGCGGCCCGCCUAUCCAGGGAAGGGUAUGCAGUUUGUUAGGAACGAUGGAAAGGCGUUUCGGUUUUGCAGGUCAAAAUGUCAUAAGAACUUCAAGAUGAAGAGAAACCCGAGAAAGCUGGGUUGGACAAAGGCCUACAGAAAGGCAGCGGGCAAGGAAAUGACUGUGGAUUCCACUCUACAAUUCGCCCAGCGACGAAACGUUCCCGUCCGCUACGACAGGACGCUUUGGGAGAAGACUAUGCAAGCCAUGGAACGCAUUCAAGAGAUCAGACAAAAGCGAGAACGCGUUCAUUACAAGCGAAGGAUGGCAGGCAAGCGUGCCCGCGAACUUGCUGCCGACAAGAAGCUUGUGGAGUCUCACAGCCACCUGCUCCCUCGGAUGCGUGGAAGCGAGCGGAGACGUCUAUUGGAACAAGGAGUGGCUCCCGAAGAGAUCGACCAAAUGGAAGAGACACUUCCUACCGAGACAGCCAAGGUGCAAGGCAAGGAGAAGCAACGCCAGAGAUUGCGGGUCGAUGGUGGAGUGGAGUUUGUGGGAGAGGGAGACAAUGGUAUGGAUAUGGACUCGGAAUAAGCCUGCAGUUGUCGCUGUUCAUUGGACUUGAUCACAUUUGGGCAAGAUAUCACGGCGUUAUACGUUUUAAUUGCGGCAUAUCAUGGCGUUUUAUGGGGUACUAAACAAUUGCUGAGAAAAAAACAUACCUUGCUGGUUUGAGUCAGCCAAGAAUAUAUUGAUAAUGGAAUGAGUAUAAUCUUGUGUGGUAGCCAUGUUCAUUCUCGCACAAUUAUGUUUCUGCGCCAAGAGCUAUAUCGUAUCUAGAGAUGGUGUAAACUCCUCGUUGGUAUUAUAUAACUACGUCCAGACGAAUGAAUUACUUGC